CAAGAGACCGGGGUUUGCUUUCUUAGUGGCCCAUCUCGCCUGCAUCCAUCCAUUCCCACCCCAGAAACAACCAAUGUUUUCUCCUACUGCAACUCGCGCUCUGCGGAGAGCUGCAUCGUCGAAUACAAAACACUACAUAUGUCCCGCCUGUAAAUACUCGACUUCCAACACGCCCAAUCGCGUCAUCUUUUCUGGUAUCCAACCAACCGGUGUUCCCCAUCUCGGAAACUAUCUCGGUGCUUUGCGACCUUGGGCUAAGCUGCAAGAUGGAGCUGCCACAGACGACCGAUUGCUUUUUUCCAUUGUCGACUUGCAUGCCAUCACCAUAAAACAGGACCCACGACUGCUGAGGCAAUGGCGAAAAGAGAUGUUUGCCAGCUUCCUGGCCGUAGGGCUAGAUCCCAAGAAGAGCAUCCUGUUCGCGCAAAGCGAUGUACCAGCGCAUGCUGAACUUAUGUGGAUACUGAGCUGCUUUGCCAGCAUGGGUUAUUUGAGUCGUAUGACACAAUGGAAGAGUAAAAUGUCCCUACCAUCCAAUGCAAACCCUUUCGACACAUCCACGUCUAAGAAGAAGGACGCACCAGCCCUAAAGCUGGGCCUCUUCUCAUACCCCGUCCUUCAAGCCGCCGAUAUUCUCCUCUAUAAAACAACGCAUGUUCCCGUUGGCGAAGAUCAAGCCCAGCAUCUGGAGUUUGCGCGCGAGCUGGCCAUAACAUUUAACCACACGUUUGGCGCCGACCUCCUCGUCCCCCCACAGACAAUCAUAUCCCCCGCCAAACGGGUCAUGUCGCUCGCGGAACCAACCAAGAAGAUGUCCAAGUCGGACCCGGAUGUUAAGAGUCGGAUCCUGAUCACAGACACCAAGGAGGAAAUUCACAAGAAAAUCAAGGUGGCGCUCACAGACUCGAUUCAGGGUGUAUCUUAUGACCGUGAUUCCCGUCCAGGUGUUUCCAAUCUGAUCGAUAUCAUGUACCAUUUCCAGGAAGAACACUUUGCGUCGCCCGAACAGCUCACCAAGGACUUAUUCGGCCCUGAGACCUCGCUCAAGGUUCUGAAAGAGAAAGUUGCGAAUACGAUUGAUGACCACUUGCGCGAUGUCAGAGAGCGGUUUAGCAGUGCCAUGAGUAUGGGUGACGUGGAGAUGAGCGAUAUGGCUCGCGAAUCCGCCGACGCCGCCAAUCAGUUAGCCACGAGCAACCUCAAAACGAUCAAGUCGCAAAUGGGUCUAGGUUGGGAUUGA